CGAGGCAGAGCCGCUGACGCGGCCCCCAGCCGCCGGGUGCUGCGUCUGUCGUGCGUCUACGCAAUCACGGCCGCAGCUAUAGCAGCAGGCUGGGCGUCGGUGUAAACAAAGCGGAGAAGGCCGGUAAUAUUAGCUUCGUCCUGCAAGCUGCAUGUGACUUUUUUUUCUUUCCGUGCUUGAAGGCGGGGGGAAAAAAAAACAUACCUACAUUUGUACGACGUCAGUACACGGCAAUCUUUAUUUUCUGUAUUCACGAAUGACCGUUUGGUUUAGUUUUAAAUCGGAAAACAAGGACUACUGUCGUCUUUUUCUGCUCCAUAAUCUUCUGCCGCUUCUUCUUUAAAUGGAUCGUUACGCCCAGGGAUUCGUGUUUUUAUUUUUUAAAAUAAACAAAACUACAACCCGGCAUCUGCUUUGAAACUGCUAAUAUUGGAUGGUGCUGUUAGGUUUGGCUGGGACGUUGCAUCAGUAUGUGAGAGUACUACAGCAAAGGGACAAAGAGAUUUAACAUUGCUUCGUCUUCACAGCUGGCCUUUUCAUGUAUACAACAACGCCGAUAGUGUAUCAGAAAAAAUAACUUUAUUUUCCUUCUUCUGUUUUGCUUUCCUUUUUUUUGCUGCCGAUUAAUCGCCAGGCACGGUUUAUUUUGCGUGGAUGCGGGGCAGACCCUGGAGUAAAGGAUGUCCUCUUCGCCAUGUGUUGCACAGUGUCGUCUUUCCAUGUCCCACUGAGGAGUAAAAACGCACUUUUCUUCCUCCGAGGCGGCGAGUUUGGGGUGCCAUGUUCAGUCUGAUGGCGAAUUGCUGUAACUGGCUGAAACGGUGGCGGGAGCCCGCUAGGAAAGUGACCCUGGUGAUGGUGGGACUUGACAAUGCUGGAAAAACAGCAACUGUCCGAGGGAUUCAGGGAGAAAAUCCAGAGGAUGUUGCUCCCACUGUGGGCUUUUCCAAAAUUGACCUGAAGCAGGGGAAAUUUGAGGUCACCAUCUUCGACCUGGGAGGGGGGAAGAGGAUUCGGGGGAUCUGGAAGAAUUACUACUCGGAGUCUUACGGGGUGGUGUUUGUGGUGGACUCAAGCGACGUGGCGCGCAUCGAGGAGACCAAAGAGACCAUGGCCGAGGUCCUCAGACACCCCCGGAUUACUGGGAAGCCGGUCCUUGUGCUGGCUAACAAGCAGGAUCGAGAUGGGGCCUUGGCAGAAGCCGACAUCAUUGAGUAUCUUUCUCUGGAAAAACUGGUGAAUGAGAACAAAUGCCUGUGUCAAAUUGAGCCCUGUUCAGCUGUUAUUGGGUAUGGGAAAAAGCUGGAUAAGUCCAUCAGGAAAGGUCUUAGCUGGCUGCUGAACAACAUCGCCAAAGACUACGAGGCGAUAAAUGAGCGUGUGCAGAAGGACACGGCAGAGCAGAAGGCCCAGGAGGAGCAGGAGAAACGGGAGAGAGCUGAGCGUGUGCGCAGGGUUCGAGAGGAAAGGGAACAGAGAGAGAGGGUGCAGGCCGAGCAAGAGGGACGGACCGUCCAGGAAGAGGAGGAGGAAGAUGGUACUAUGGCGAACCCCUUCCAACCCAUCAGCCAUGUCAUCACAGAGAAUGAAGACAAGCUGAGAAAACAGAAAGAGAAACAGAGCAACCAGUCAGAUAAUAAGGUGGAGGCUGCACCCCCGAUGCCAGGGCAGCUAGAGGAGAUGGAGGCAGGUGGCGGAGAGCACAGCCCAAGGGAUAAUGACAACAGCAUGCUGCACAACUACAGCACUGCACUGAGCCAGCAGCUGCAGCAGGAGGAAGAAGAGGGGGAGGAGGAGAGCGACAGGCAGACACCCGACAGCACCGACUUGGACCAAACCAGAAAGAAGUCGAAGAAGCUUUGGCUGAAGAGGAAGCACCGUGUUGACCCCCUGAGCACAGACGAAGCCGUGUCUGAGAGCCAAGCCCCUCCGCCCCCUCCUGUUGGAUGGGGUACCCCCAAAGUUACUAGACUUCCCAAACUCGAACCUCUUGGUGAUGCACGACAUUCGGAUUUCUAUGGUAAACCCCUUCCUCCUGUCACAGUUAGGCAAAGACCUAACAGUGACGCUCAUGAUGUCAUUUCCUAGUUCCUCAGCGAUUGUUCUCUUACUCUGACAAAUCACUUACAGUACCUUGUGCUUUUUGCAUCUUCACAUUCAACACGCCUUUGGGCAAGACUUCAUUCUCUGCAUCACCAUGCUGAUGAGCAGCUGAUGCCACUUCCACAACAGGACAUUGAACAGAGGGCCGUCUGAUUUCCCCAGAAGAACCCCAUUUCUGUGCUUCACUGGAGUUUUUAAGCUGAAAAACUUCAUGCAAAUCAACCUAGUCCUAAAGUAUAAUUUAUUUUCAAAAGUAUACCUCCAACAAAGAAAUGUGAGAAGGAAUUCUUCAUGAAGACUUUCACAUCUCUUCACAUUGUCUGGACUUCAAAAAGCACACAACAAAAAACGUAAAUAAUACUUGGGCCAACAUACUGUAUUUUACUUUUCUACUGCUUUAAACCAGUAUUUGUACAGACUAAGGUUUCUGUUUUGUUUUCACUCUCUUUUAUAUCUUAAUAAAUGUUUUAAAGUAUUUGUUUACAGCAGCUUGAAUUGAUCAGAUGGGAUGCACUCUAAUCCUUUGUCAUUUUAUCGUUAUCUCUUUGUACAAAAAUGUUUCCUUUCAGACACAUGUGAUGAAAAACUGACAUUUAACAUGAUUUUAAGACUAGCUUCAGUGUAAUGUGAAAUAAUGAAAAUGUUUAUUUGCACACCUUGCUUUCUAUAUGUAAUUGAUAACCCAUUCAUUCAUGUAAAUAGAUCAGUUGAUUUGGAUAAAUUGCAUACUGUCACCUA